AUGGUACAGGACUAUUUCUCCCUGGUGGGCGCAAUCCCGUCUCUUGAUAAAUGGCUUGGCAAAAACCCCAUCAAGCCGAUCGGGGCUCCUGGCUUCCACGCGAUGAUGGGGCGAAUAAUCAGGCACCUGGGGGACCGGUAUGAAGGCAAAGACAGGAUCUACCAUGACUCAAAGGAACCCGACUUCCUGGACCACUUCAUCGAGGCCAAGAAGGCUGAUCCAGGGGAAGUCGACGAUGCGCAGAUCGUUUCGUGGCUCAUGAUCAACGUUCUGGCCGGGGCUGACACGACUGCAUUAACACUCAAGACGGCGUUCUACUACUGUCUUCGAGACGAGCGUAUCUGGCAGAGAUUGCGAGAGGAGCUCCUGGCUGCGGGUGCGCAGGAGGGGACGCCAGUCCCCUACGAGGUCGCAAACUCGGCGCCGUACCUCGAGGCGGUGGUGCGGGAGGCACUGCGUAUCCUGCCUGGGAUAUCAAUGUCGCUGGAGAGAUAUGUCCCGAAAGAGGGCCAUCGACUUUCGGACGGCAGCUUUCUCCCGGGUGGCAGCACCAUCGGAGUGAACCCAUACCUGAUCGCCAGGAACAAGGGGAUCUACGGUGAAGACGUCGAGGAGUUCAGGCCGGAGAGGUGGCUGCUCGAUGAGGCGGCUGGCGAGACGCGAGAGCGGUUCGAAGCCCGUCUCGCGGCUAUGAACAGCGUCGACCUGACGUUUGGAGGGGGCAGGCGCAUGUGCAUAGGGAAGAACCUUGGCCUUCUUCAAGUUUGCAAGGUUCUUGCCACCUUGGUGACAUCUUACGAAAUGGAACUGAUCGAUCCGGAGGGGAAGUGGAAGGUCAUCAAUAGCUGGUUCCCCAGACAGGAGGGUGGGCUAGAUGUUAGGAUCACGAGACGGCCGAGUCCAUAG